GGCAACGUGAGAGUAAGACGGCAAUGCAAGAACAGAGUUAUCACCGCCGUGAACGGGCAAUUGCCUGGCCCGGCAAUAUAUGCUCAUGAGGGCGACACGGUGAUCGUUCAUGUCAUAAAUGAAUCGCCCUAUGACAUGUCGAUUCAUUGGCAUGGGAUAUUGCAGCUACUGACCGCAUGGGCGGACGGGCCAAACAUGAUAACCCAAUGCCCCAUACGCCCUGGGAAGAGCUACACUUACAAGUACACCAUCACAGGCCAAGAGGGCACCCUGUGGUGGCACGCCCACGUCUCGGUCCUCCGAGCCACGGUCUACGGCGCCCUCAUCAUUCUACCCAGAGAAGGCCCCAAAGCCUACCCCUUCCCCCGACCCUACAAGGAAUUCCCCAUUCUACUAGGCGAGUGGUGGAACGCCAACGUGGUGGACGUGGAAAAUGAGGCUCUCGCCGCUGGUCUUCAACCCAAUAUAUCCGACGCGUAUACCAUCAACGGGAGGCUCGGCGAUCUCUACCGGUGUUCUAACAAACACACCUACAAGCUCGACGUGGAAUAUGGCAAGACCUACUUACUCCGAAUCAUCAACGCUGCAGUCAAUAAUCAGCUCUUCUUCAAGAUGGCCGGGCACUCCUUCACCGUCGUCGCCGUGGACGCCGGCUACACCGUGCCCUACCCCACGGACGUGCUGGUCCUCGCACCUGGCCAGACUGUCGACGCCCUCAUGGUGGCCAACGCCCCUCCCUCACGCUACUACAUGGCUGCCCGUGCCUACAUUAGCACUCUUCCGCCGCCGCAAACCUUCGACGACACCACCACCACGGGCAUCGUCCGGUACAAGUCCGCCAUGCCGUCAUCGGCGCGUCCCGCGAUGCCGGUCAUGCCGGACUACACCGACACUCCGACCGCCCACCGGUUCUACACCAGCUUGACCGGUCUCCUCAAGCCGGGGUUGCCCACCGUCCCCCUCCACGCCGACGAGCACAUGUUCGUCACCUCGGGCUUGGGCGUCGUCCCCUGCAAGCGGGACCAGCCGCGGUGCUCGAGAGGGGCGCUCGCCGCCAGCAUGAACAACGUGUCCUUCGAAUUCCCUACGAAAAUGUCGUUGCUGGAGGCGCAUUUUAAGGGCGCGAAGGGGAUAUACACGACGGACUUUCCCGACAGGCCACCAUUGAUGUUCGACUUCACAAACAAUAACUUGAGCAUGAAUCCUGCUCUCAUCUUUACGAACAAGGCUACGAAGUUGAAGAAGGUCAAGUACAACGCGACGGUGGAGAUGGUGCUGCAGAACACGGCGUUGAUCGGGAUCGAGAAUCACCCGAUCCACCUCCAUGGGUUCAACUUCUUCGUGUUGGCGCAGGGAUUUGGGAACUUCGACUGGGAAACGGCGGUGAAGAGCUACAAUCUGGUGCACCCGCAGGUGAGGAACACCAUCGCGGUGCCUACCGGCGGAUGGGCGGUCAUCCGGUUUGUCGCAAAUAAUCCAGGUGUGUGGUUUAUGCAUUGCCACCUAGAUGUCCACCUGCCAUGGGGCUUGGGGAUGGCUUUUGAGGUGGAGAACGGGCCAACCCCAGAUUCAACCCUCCCUCCACCCCCACCUGACUUUCCGCAAUGUUAAGAACAAGUAUAACCCUGAGG